AUGAGAAAGCAAUUCUCAUUCAAGCCCCUAUCAACUCAUAACGAUAAUUAAAAUUUAUAAACAAAAUCAGACUCAAUAGGUAGAUUUCGCUCUAUAAUCCCUAUUCGUAAAAUAUAAGCCACCUGCUAAUUUCUAAAAAUGAAACAAGAUUUAGAACUUGAAUUUCCACAAAUCCCAAUACAAUUCAAGAAUCAAAUUCCAAAAACGAAAAUCUUUACAACAAAACCUCAUUUCAAUACUCAUUUCCCUAUCAAAGAAGAUCUAAGUUAAUUUUCAAAAAAGAUCUAAUAAACAAUCAAAACAAGCUUUAAGAAAUGUUUAUAUUAGAAUAAAUCAAAUAAAGUAAUUUAUUCAAAUGAACUUUCUACUGUCCUUUAUUUCAAUGUAACUGUUACAUAUGAAGAAUAAGAAACAUUUUAUUAAUUUAUUCGCCGUUUGGGAAAUAUAGAAAAAACCUAAUAGGAUAGUAGUAAAUAAUUUAAAGCGAAAAAUCUUCUAAAAAUUGUAGGAGUUUUUGAAAAAUAUGAUACAAGACAGAUUUUCACUUUUAAGGUAUUUAUGCUAUGAUUUAAGAUUAGAAGUUUUUAUAAAAUGUAUUUACAAAAUUAAAUUGAAUGGAACUAUCAACAUUUUUAUGAUCUUUAUCCAAAUUCAUAGUUUGUAGAUAAUAUUUGUGAUAAAAAGAAUAAAUUAAUCUCUCGAUUAACAUUCUAAUUUGAUUAAAAAAAUGAAUUAUUUAAAUUACACUAAUAAUUUUGUGGAAUUUUAAGUUUAGAAAUAAUAAAUAAUUAACAAUUAAACUUUAUAAUUGAAAAUGACUAUGAAGAUGAUCAAAAUCAAACUUGUAUUAAAUUAAUUUAAUGCAAUAAGAAAAUUAAACUAUUUAAAUCUCAUCUUUAAUGUAUAGUAAAUAGAUUAGAUAAUGAGACAUAAAAUAAUUUACUUACUGAAUAGGAAGAGCACUCUUUUACACUUUCAUAUUAAAAUCCUUAACAUUUUAUUCGACAUUUGUAAUUCAAAGUUCCAGAUUAAAAUAGUAUUGCAAUUAGAUUUUAUAAUAAUUAUUAUGAAAUAUUAAAUGGUAUAUUUGAGGAUACUCAUGAAAUAUUAAAUUUAUAAGAUAAUAUUACAAUGCUUGAAUUUGAAGAACCUUAAGAAAAUCAUAAGACUACUAAAAUGCUCUAAUCAGUAUAAUAAUAAUAAAUUCAACCAAAAAAAUUGAAUUUUGAAUCAAUAAUGAAAAAAUCUAAACAUCAACCUUCUAUUACAUAAGAAAUAUCACCAAGAAGUGAUCAUUCUUAGAUAAGUUCUAUGAGAACUCCUAGAGAAGGUUAAUUAUUACCAGUUUUAAUGAAACCUUAACUUGAAAAUAAUAAAAUUAAAUUAAGAACUAGUCCUCCAUCUUAUGAUGACAAUAUUAGCAAUUCUAAUAAUAAUCAACAAUAUUCUACUCAUCAUUCCAAAACCGUUUCGUAAACAGACAUGGUCUCUAUUAAUACACCAAGAUCAUAAAGAACUUCUUUAGCUAUUAAUUUAUCUCUUAGAACAUCAAUGACUAAAAAUUCCCUUAAAACUAGAACAUUAGUAGUGGAACAAUUUAAGAAGUCAUAAUAAAAAGCAAAUCAAUUAGCUGGAUUAUUAAUUUAAGAAAAUAAAUACAAUGAAGUAUAAUUUAAAUUAAUUAUUAUUAGCUUGUUGAAUUAUUUAAUAAUAAUCCUAAUUUAAGAAUAGAUGAAAGAAUAUCUAAUGGAAAUACUUAUUUAAUGUUAGCUGCUUAAGGAGGCAAUUUAGACAUCUGUGAAUUAAUUCUGUCUAAAGGAGCCUCUGUAAAUUUAUAAAAUGUAUUAUUAUCAAUAGUAAUUAUUAAAGUUACAAGGAGACACUGCUCUACAUAAGGCUUUCCAAUAUGGCAAUUUCAGUGUUGCUGAUCUUUUAGUAUCUUAUGGAGCAUAAGUAAUGGUAAAUUACAAAGGUAAGACUCCUUGGUAAUUGUGA